GCUGCCCAUUAAGGCUAAGAGCAUGACUGGAUCGACGAACAAUCCUACACUGCAAUACCACCCACCCUAUGUGAGGUCCAAUGGGCUCUAGCCAAUGAAGCGCUGCUUUCGCGAAAAUAGACGGUUGCUCCACAGCCUCAGGGGUUCAUGUUUGCGCACGCCGCACGCCAGGUCGGGGAAGAAGUCCAAGGUGUCCGAGGUAUAAAAUGAGGAUCGCUUUCAACAAACCCGCCAGCGAAGCCCCCAAAGAGCCUUCAAGAUGAAGUACACUGCCGUCCUUGCCGCUGGCCUCGUGGCCGUCGCCUCAGCCCAGGACUUUGCCGACCUCCCGGCCUGCUCCCUCCAGUGCAUUAUGGAUGCCGUCCAGGAUAGCGAUUGCCCGCCGACCGACCUCGGAUGCAUCUGCGGGAGCAUCGCCGACAUGAUGGAAGCCGCUGUGGACUGCGUUAUUGACGCCUGCGGCGUGGAUGUUGCCCAGGACGAGGUCCUCCCCACGGCUCAGGAGCUUUGCGCCCUGGUUGCCCCUGGCCCCGGCUCUUCGGGCUCAGCGACAACAACGAGUGCGAGAGCCACUGCCACUGCCACCACUACCACCACCACCAGCGAGACAGAUGAUGAAAGCACAACUACGUCCGAACCAGUCACCUCCGUGACCACCCUGCCGGGCGGCUCGUCCAACACGACCCUGUCGACCUCCCCGACGACGACCGCACCCCCUGCAUCCUCGUCCUCAGGCUCCGCGCCCCCGCAAUCCACCACCACCUCGGCUGUUACCGGCGGCGCUCCUGUCGCCGGCUACAUUGGAUCUCUGGGCAUGCUUGCGCUGGGCUUUGUCGUUGCUCUCUAAGUACUAGUAAUCGACCUGGUGUGACCUGGUGCGAAAGCGAAUUUGAACCGUGUACGAAGUAAUUACUGGCUGAGGGUAUGAGGAUCUCUGGCGGCAAAUUUGGAAUGUUGUUGUCGGGUUGUCACAAAAGAAGAAAAAGGAUAAAAUUACCUUAUAUUACUUGAUACCUUAGAAUUUGAAUUCCGUUGUUGUAAUAGUGCACACCAAGGUAUCUGCUACAUUACCUAACAUAGGAGGUAGGUAUGUACGAAGUACGAAUACAUAGCACUUAUUUCUCUACAAAAGUGGCACAGUUGCCC